GCUGCCAGGCUACAGCUCACCGGCGCCUCUCUCGCGCCUGGGGCAGUGGUGUGUUGCUUGUAAUUGCUGGCAAGUUUGACGCUCCUGGCCAGUGAGGUCUGAGACCCCCUUCGACCAGGCCAUGAGGAGCAGGAGUAACUCCGGGGUGAGGCUGGAUGGCUAUGCCAGGCUGCUGCAGCAGACCAUCCUCUGUCACCAGGACCCGGUGACAGGAUUGCUCCCAGCCAGCUGUGAUCACAAAGAUGCCUGGGUCCGGGAUAACGUCUACAGUGUGCUGUCCGUGUGGGGCCUGGGCUUGGCGUACCGCAAAAAUGCAGACCGUGAUGAGGACAAGGCAAAGGCAUACGAGCUGGAGCAGAGUGUAGUGAAACUGAUGAGGGGAUUGCUGCAGUGCAUGAUGAGACAGGUGGAUAAGGUGGAAGCAUUCAAGCACAGCCAGAGCCCGAAGGACUGUUUCCAUGCCAAGUACAACACCCACACCUGUGCCACUGUGGUUGGAGAUGACCAGUGGGCGUUAGACGCCACAUCAAUUUACCUGCUCAUGUUGGCACAAAUGACAGCCUCUGGGCUUCACGUUAUCUACAGUCUGGAUGAAGUCAAUUUCAUACAGAACGUUGUGUUUUACAUCGAAGCAGCGUAUAAAACUGCAGACUUCGGGAUAUGGGAACGUGGAGACAAGACAAACCAAGGAAUCACGGAGCUGAACGUGAGCUCAAUCGGCAUGGCUAAGGCAGCCCUCGAAGCCCUGGAUGAACUUGAUCUCUUUGGUGCCAAAGGAGGCCCUCAGUCAGUGAUCCAUGUCCUGACAGACGAGGUGCAGCAUUGCCAGUCUAUUCUCCAUUCCAUGCUGCCAAGGGCUUCGACUUCCAAGGAGAUUGAUGCCAGCCUCCUCUCAGUCAUCUCGUACCCCGCCUUUGCCGUGGAGGACAGUGAGCUGGUGGAGAUAACGAAGCAAGAAAUCAUUACAAAGCUGCAGGGGCGUUAUGGCUGCUGCCGGUUUCUCCGAGAUGGGUACAGGACCCCUAGAGAGGAUCCAAAUCGCCUCUAUUACGAGCCUGCUGAGCUGAAGCUCUUUGAGAACAUUGAGUGCGAGUGGCCUUUGUUCUGGACCUACUUCAUUAUCGACGGGAUCUUCAGCGGCAACGUAGAGCAGGUCCAGGAGUACAGGGAGGCCCUUGAAGGCGUGCUCAUCAAGGGGAAGAAUGGAGUUCGCCUGGUGCCGGAGCUGUAUAGUGUCCCUCCCAAUAAGGUGGAUGAGGAGUAUGUGAAUCCCCACACUGUUGACCGAGUCCCUAUGGGCAAGCUGCCCCACAUGUGGGGCCAGUCUCUCUACAUCUUGGGGUGCCUGAUGGCAGAGGGAUUUCUGGCUCCAGGUGAAAUUGAUCCCCUGAAUCGUAGAUUUGCUACUGUCCCAAAGCCGGAUGUGGUAGUCCAAGUGUGCAUCCUAGCCGAGACAGACGGCAUCAAGGCCAUCCUGAAGAAGCAGGGCAUCGAGGUGGAGACAGUGGCUGACGUCUACCCCAUCAGAGUGCAGCCGGCCCGGAUCCUCAGCCACAUCUAUGCUAGAUUAGGUCGCAAUAAGCGAAUGAACCUGAGUGGACGACCCUUCCGGUACAUGGGAGUCCUGGGCACAUCCAAGCUCUACGACAUCAGAAAGAACAUCUUCACCUUUACACCCCAGUUCAUCGAUCAGCAGCAGUUCUACUUGGCCCUGGACAACAAGAUGAUCGUGGAGAUGCUGCGGACAGACCUCUCCUACCUGUGCAGCCGCUGGAGGAUGACUGGACGGCCGACAAUCACCUUCCCCAUCUCGCAAACCAUGCUUGAUGAAACUGGAACCAGCAUCCACCCGACGGUACUGGCAAUGCUGAGGAAGCUGCAGGACGGGUAUUUUGGUGGGGCGAGGACCCAAACGGGUAAGUUGUCUGAGUUCCUGACAACUUCGUGUUGCACACACCUCAGCUUCAUGGAUCCCGGGCCAGAGGGUAAGCUCUAUGCUGAUGAUUACGGGCUCAGCAUUGACAGCUACAGUGAGCUCAAUCCCGAGGAGUGGCUGCAUGGCUUUCAAUUAGCGGAUGAUGCUGACGUUUGUGAUGAAGUGGCUCAGUAUUUAGAUCACCUUUUGGAGCACACAGCUCCCAAGGCUGCCCAGAAGGGAGGGCUGCAUCGCUUCCGAGCCGCAGUGCACACCACUCGUGACCUCAUGUCCCUGGUGUCCCAGGCCAAAGAGCUGCACGUACAGAAUGUCAACAUGUACAUCCCGUCCAAGCUGUUCCAGGCCUCCCAGCCUUCAGUGCACUUGCUGGGCUCCACCCACACACCCGAACAGGACAGCCAGAUUCCCUCGCUCCACACCAUGGUAAAUCUCCCUCGAGACAAGGCUGGAAACGUGGACUGCAAGGCCCUGGUGGAUCAGCUGCGAGAGUGCCCCACCCUACAGGAGCAGGCUGACCUUCUUUACAUGCUUCACACCCUCAAGGGGCUUGACUGGGACACGGAGAUCGAUGGUCAACCUGGUGCUACGGUCAAGGACCUCCUCACUGAGCUAUAUGUCAACGUGGGAGCUACCCAACAGUGGGCCCUGAUCCGCUACAUCUCCGGGAUCUUGAAAAAGAAGGUGGAAGCUCUCGAUGAGGCCUGCACUGACCUCCUGUCUCAUCAGAAGCACUUGACAGUGGGGCUGCCUCCAGAGCCUCGGGAGAAGACGAUCUCUGCCCCUGUCCCGUAUGAGGAACUCACCCACCUGAUUGACGAAGCCAGUGAGAAGAACAUGAGCGUCUCGAUCCUGACUCAGGAAAUCAUGGUCUAUCUGGCCAUGUACAUGCGUACCCAGCCCGCCCUCUUUGCUGAGAUGUUCCGCCUUCGCAUUGGGCUCAUCAUCCAGGUGAUGGCAACGGAGCUGGCACACUCCUUGCACUGCUCAGCUGAAGAAGCCACCGAGAGCUUGAUGAACCUCAGUCCUUCAGAUAUGAAGAGUCUUCUACACCACAUUCUCUCUGGCAAGGAGUUCGGAGUGGAGAAGAGCGUGCGUUCUGUUAAUUCAGCCCUAACCCCCGCUAUUUCCAUCCGCGAGGUUGGCGCCGUCGGAGCGACUAAAACAGAGCGAGCUGGGAUAGUGAAGCUAAAGAGUGAGAUCAAACAGAGUUCUGGACGCUCCAUCUUGCCUGCUGGGGGAUCCUUCACUAGCAUGCUGGAAGAUCAGGUCUCCAGAGACGGCCGCCAUGGCCAGUGGCAGCGGAGAAGGCGGCUGGACGGAGCGCUCAACAGGGUCCCGGUGGGCUUCUACCAGAAGGUCUGGAAAAUCCUGCAGAAGUGCCAUGGCCUCUCUGUGGAGGGCUUUGUCCUUCCAGCCUCAACAACCAAAGAGAUGACUCCUGGGGAGAUCAAGUUUUCAGUCCAUGUGGAGUCCGUCUUGAACCGUGUCCCACAGCCAGAAUACAGGCAGCUCCUGGUAGAAGCCAUCCUUGUCCUGACCAUGCUGGCAGAUGUGGAAAUACACAGCAUUGGGGGCAUCAUUGCAGUGGAAAAGAUUGUGCACAUAGCAAAUGACUUAUUCUGUGAAGAACAGAAAGCACUGGGCGCUGAUGACAACAUGCUGGAGAAAGAUCCCGCCACAGGCAUCUGUACCUUGCUGUAUGACAGUGCCCCUAGUGGCAGGUUUGGCACCAUGACCUACCUCUCCAGAGCAGUGGCAACGUAUGUGGAGGAGUUCCUCCCCAGCAGUGGCUGUACCAUGCAAUAG